GUGUUCAUUCAUUACGGAACAUUUCGCAUCGCAUUUGAUUUUGCAAACAAUACGAAUACGCAACAGUACGAAUUAUGGCGUUAAGUUAUUUAUCCGAGGGCGAAGCGCCCCGGGACUUCAAGGUGUCGUCGACGGAGAGUGAUGGCCAUUACACCAAGUGCCUCCUUUGUUAUACGGUUAAGAGGAACUUCUACUGCCAGGACUGCAUAAAGACAGGCAGCUUCGUGCAUUCAUCGAUGCCCUACUCAGACAGAUACUCAGAAAAACAAGCAAAAUUACUCAGACUGAAAGCGAACAGAAAACACAUAUUGGACAGAUGUGAAAAACUAUUAUCAGGGAAAAUAAAGAAGGAUAACUUACUGACGGAGGCCAAACAAUCCCGAGACAGACUUGACUUACUGCGGUUAGCGAUAGAGCAGCGCAAGAACAACAUUGACGAAAAGAAAAAAGAAUUGUUAAAUUUAAAACAGCAGAACCAUGAUUUGAGUAUGAAACUGCCGCGGUACCAGAAGCGGGUGUCACUGCUGGGCAAGCACGCGCAGGAGCAGCAGAUGGAGCUGCAGAAUCGGAUGAGCCGCUACAGCGAGCAGGCCGACCAGCUGGCCGCGCUCCGGCGCUCGCGGAUAAGGCAGCUCACCAAGUACAUAUUCCCAGUUUACAUAAGCUACGAUACGAGUGACAGUAUCGAGGACAUGGAGUUUGUAGGGGAGGACGCGGAGGAGGAGGCUCCGUGCCGCUCGCAACUGCACAUCGUGGCGCCGUGGGUCAGCGCCGACGGCGACCUGGCGCACGUGCAGUCUUGGCUAGUACAGAACAAAGAGGCGGUGGGCGCGGGCGCUGGCGCGGGCGCGUGGAACCCGCUGCACCGCACGCAGGCGGCGCUGGCGCUGGCGGCUCAGCUGGCCGCGCUGCUGGCCUGGACCAUCGACAUGCGCCCGCCGCACACCAUCUCGCUCAGCGAGUACAGCAGCUGGCGCGGCGGCGGCCCGGCGCUGUCGGCGCGCUGGCGGCGGCUGGCGGGCGCGGGCGCCGCGCUGUGCUGCAAGGGCCGCUAG